AUGCAAACAAAGACAAGUACUAUUGAGACCAAAGAAACUAACAUAAACAAUAGUUUUAAGUUCAGAGAUUUCUUUCAAUUCUGUUCCAAAAGAGAUAAGUUUCUACUAACAGUUGGCACUCUCUCAGCUAUAAGUACAGGAACUUUACUUCCUGUGGGAGCUGUAUUUUUAGGUGAUAUCUCCUAAGUAUUUGAUCCCUAUUCCUAAGUACAAGAUAGAAAGCAAAUACUCAUUGAUAUUGUUGAAAAAAUAACAGUACUAGCUUGCUUUAUAUGGCUUUGCGGCUAUGCUUAUUUCGCACUAUGGCAGAUAGUUGCCGAAAACAUUUCUUUUGACUUAAGAGUGAGAUUUAUCAAGGCUAUUUUGAAGCAGGAAAUAAGUUAUUUUGAAGAAGUUAGUGUUGAUCAAAUAUCAAGCACAUUAGGUGAAAAAUUUUAUGUCAUAUAGGAAUCUAUUGGCUAAAAGUUCUCAACAAUAAUCUUUGCAUUUUUCAACAUUUUAGCUUCAAUAAUCUUAGCGAUGAUUAAGGGAUUAGACAUGGCUUUAAUUUGCUUUGCAAUUUUUCCACUGGCAAUAGCCUUAAUUUCUAUUAUUGGAGGCUCUGUGAAAGCUACUGCAAACAAUAGCUCAGAAAAAGCUAAUAAACUAGGUAGUAAAAUUGAAGAGAGCUUAUCAGGAAUUAAAAUUAUAUCAUCUUUCGCUUAAGAAGAUAGAGAGAUUGAAGUUUUUGAGAAAUUAUCGAUAGAUUCAAGAAACUCUAGUAUUAAAUCUGAAUAUAUCACAGCUGCUUUUAUCGGGACACUCAAAUUCACCAUUUACGUGAGCUAUAGCUUCAAUUUUUGGAUGGCUACUAUUUACCUAUAUCAUAGUAAAAUAAAUCCAAGUACUGGAAAGCCAUACACUUCUCAAGACAUUGUAUGCAUACUAUUUGUUAUUUUAAACUGCACUACUGUGGCAUUUUAAAUAAUUCCUAAUUUCCAAGCUAUCAUUAGAGCGAAUUUGAUUGGAAAAUAAAUAUUCUCAGUAAUAAAUAGAUAACCUAAAAUUGCAGAUGGAACAAACACUUUCACCAAUAUGAAUCUAUUUGAUUCAAUUAAAUUUACUAAUGUUACAUUCAAAUACCCAAAUGCCAAAUAAAACAUAUUUGAGCGCAUUAAUUUUGAGAUUUAAGCUGGAAAAUAAACUGCCAUAGUUGGUAGUUCAGGCUCAGGAAAAAGUACUAUUAUAUAAUUGAUAGAGAGAUUUUAUGACCCUCAAGAUGGAUCAAUUAAAUUCGGUGAAAUCGAUAUAAAAGACUUCUUUAUCGAUGCUUUGCGCGAAUCUAUCGGUUAUGUAUAAUAAGAGCCAGUUCUGAUAUUGGGAUCUAUAAGAGAUAAUAUUUUACUUGGAAAUAAAGAUGCGGGUGAAGAUGACAUAUAAAAGGCAAUAAAAAUGGCGAACGCAAGUUUCAUUUAUGAUUUAGAAGAUUAACUCGAUACCUAUAUUGGUACAUCAUCAUUAGUUAAUCUCUCUGGUGGAUAGAAGCAAAGAAUCGCAAUUGCAAGGGCUUUGAUUAAGAACCCAAAGAUUUUAAUACUAGAUGAAGCAACCAGUGCUCUAGAUCCAAAAAGUGAAAAAGAUGUCCAAUAAGCUUUAGUAAACAUUUAAAACUCAGAAAAUAGUUUGACGACAAUAGUAAUUGCACAUAGACUGUAAACAAUAUAAUCUGCUCAACACUUAAUUUACUUUAAAGAGGAUAGGACCAUUGAGAUUGCUCAAAAGGGAUCAGCAGAAUUUGAUCAGAUAUUUAGUGAAAUGAGUAAAAAUGACGACUUUGAAAAAAAUAAAAAAAGUAAAGAUGACACCAUAACUAAUUCUUAAAUUUAAUCAAUCGAUUAAGAAGCAGAGAUGACUGAUAAAGUUGGGAAAUAUGAAAUACCUAUGAUAAACACCUCUAGAGAUUUAGAAAACUAGUAUGAUACAAAUUCACCAAAAUAGAUAUUAUCCUCAUCUUAAGUUUCCAGUGACAAAGAGAUCACACAAUAAAAAUAAAAUAGCUCUGUAAUAAGUAGAAUAAAUAAUUACUAUGGACCCAAAUUUUUGGUAUUCUUAGCUAUGCUUGCUAGUCUGUUAAAUUCUUUUACAUUUCCUUUGAAAGGUAUGAUCUACAUGAAAAAUCUGUUCGUUCUUUCAAGAUAUAAAGAUACAACUUUCAUUGAUGAGAGAAAUGUGUGGUGUAGUAUUUACUUAGCUUUAGCUCUAUAUUCAGGUCUAUUCGACUUUCUUGCUAGAAGCUUACAUAAACACCUAAGUGAGAACCUUUCAUGCGCUAUCAGAAAUAAACUUUACUCCACAAUGAUCAAAAAGAAUGUGAGUUGGUUCGAUAGAAAGGACAGAGCGCCUGGCAUCUUGAUAAACAUUUUUUCUGAGGAUAUUACAGCCAUAAAAGGUUUGACUGGAGAAGCUUUCUCUAAUAUCCUUGAAGCUAUAAUGACUAUCAUUGUUGGAGGAUUUAUAGCUUUAAACUUUCAUUGGAAAAUGGCAGUUAUUUCACUAGCUACUUCACCAUUCGUAAUGUUUGCAGGAUUUGCCUUGCAAUUAGUUAUAUGGAAUAGAACUAAAAGUACAAGUCAGCAAAGUGGCAAGAAUAAAGAAGCCCUGGAUCCAUAUGAUAAGGCAAAUGCCUUGGUGUCUGAAAUUCUUAUGAACUAUAAGACAGUUAUUAGUUUUGGGCCUAAAAACGUUGACUAUCUUGUGUAAAAAUAUGCUAAUCUAUUAGAAGAACCCAAGAAGUUAAGCCACUAAUCUGCUCAUCUCUCUGGAUUCAUGUAUGGCUAUUAUCAAGGAAUUAGAUUUUUGUUCUUGGCUUUUAACUUCUACAUUUCAACUAUCUUUAUCUUUGAUGACAAUGACGACCCAGAGAAGACAUUUAUAGCAAUCUACACAGUAAUGAUGGCAGCUUUUGCUGCUGGAGGAGCACUUUCAUUAGUCCCAUCGUUCACAAGAUCUAAAAAUUCUGCAAACAAAAUUUUUGGUAUCAUUGAAGAUGAGAGUACAGAACAAUUCACAAAAAGAGAAGACAAAAUUGCAUUGCAAUCUGAGAUUAAAAAAGGGACCAUUGAGUUCAUUAAUGUUGAAUUCAAGUACCCUUCACGAGAAUAGUAGGUUCUAAGAAAUCUAUCUUUUAAAAUUUAGGCUGGAACGAAGGUAGCAAUUGUGGGCCACUCAGGUAGUGGUAAAAGCACUAUUGGAAGUUUGAUUUUGAGAAUGUAUGAUAAGUCAAUUGGUCAAAUUCUAAUUGAUGAUUCUUAGCUUGAAGAUUAUGACAUCAAGUCUCUGAGAAGAUAAAUUGGCUAUGUCAUGCAGGAACCUAAACUUUUUAAUAUUAGCAUUAAGGAAAACAUUAUCUAUGGAAACAGAACUGCAUCAAACAAAUAGAUUAAAGAGGCUGCUUAGCUUGCAAACUGCUUACAUUUCAUUGAAUAAGGUUUGAAUUAAGCUCAGGAAAAUGAAAGUCUUGAUUUGCUCAUUACAGUCAAAAUAAAUAAAAACGAACAGAAAAUACUUGAACUUAAAGAAUAGGUUGUUCAUUUAUCCGAAGAUGGUACCAUAAGUUCUGAUUAGCUUAGACUUAUAGAAGAAAUCUUUGAGAAUUCUGAUGAUAACAUGAUCAUUAAAAUUGAUUCAAACUUUACAAGAUUCAUUCAAGUCGUUCAAGUUUUAAGUGCCGCUGGCUUAAAUAGCUGGGUUGAAGUAGUAUAAGGUUUAUAGAUAUUGCUUGAAAUCGAUGCUUUUCACAAUGAAGUAACUAAUGAUUCACCAAUUAUUCUAGAGGGCAAUUGUAAUGCCUUCUCUGAUAAGUCAAACUCUUCCCAAUAGAGAAGGAGUUCAGAAAUUCCAUCAGAUUUAAAGACAGUUCUAGAUUUAUUCCUUAAGAAUAACUCGAUUGAAUAUCCUCAAUUGCAAGAGUAAUUGAAGUUAAACUAAGAAAGAGCUUAAAUCUUGAAAUAAGGAAAAAUCGGCUCUCUCAAUGGAAAAAUAGAGAAGGAUAACAGUCCAUUAGCUAAAACGUAAUAAAAUAUAUAAAACGAUCAAGAGGAUUAAUAAUUACAUGAGGGAUUCAACAGAUUAUGUGGAUUAUAAGGAUCAAUGCUGUCUGGAGGUUAAAAGUAAAGAAUUGCUAUUGCAAGAGCAUUAAUCAAAGAUCCUAAAAUACUGAUUCUUGAUGAAGCUACUUCUGCUCUUGAUGAAUAAUCUUAGAAAGAAGUUUAAUUAGCUCUUGAUAAGGCUAUGGAGGGCAGAACAAGUAUCAUAAUAGCUCAUAGACUUUCAACGAUUCAAAACUGUGAAUGGAUUUUAGUGAUGCAUUAAGGAUAAAUAAUUGAGCAAGGUACAUUUCAAAAUCUAUCAGAGAAUAACUAAUCCUAUUUCUACAAACUUAAAACAGGAAUGGAGAUGUGA